UCAAAUCUAGGAAAGAUGGAUUUGUCCAACACUUUGCUAUGUAUUUGCAUCACCUGGGUCAUCAUCCAAGCCUUUCGCAUAGUUCGAAGCAGAACUGCAACUCCGAAAAAGCUUCCACCAGGUCCAAAACCAUAUCCAAUAAUCGGAAACCUCUUCGAUAUGGGUGACAAAUCCCACAAGUCCCUGGCCAUGCUUGCCCAGAUUUAUGGCCCCAUCAUGUGCCUAAAGUUAGGCCAAGUAACAACAAUAAUCAUUUCGUCGGCACAAAUGGCAAAAGAAGUCCUUCGAACGCAUGACCAACAGCUGUCCAGCCGCACAAUCCCGGACGCACUCCGAGCCCACAAACACGACGAGUUGGGGAUGGCAUGGAUGCCAGUUUCGACCCAGUGGAGGAACCUUCGCAGAAUCUGCAAUGGCCAGCUAUUCUCCAACAGAGCACUCAAUGACAACCAAGAUGUCCGGCGGAUGAAACUGCAAGAGCUCCUUGCCGAGACUCAUCAAAGCAGCCUAACCGGCGAGGCAAUAGAUAUUGGCAAGGUGGCUAUCAAGACUACGCUUAACCUGUUAUCAAACACAGUAUUUUCGUUGGAUUUGGCCAAUUCAGAUUCUGACAUGGCUGGAGAGUUUAAGGAGAUUGUAGGGGAUAUCAUGAGGGAGGUAGGGAAACCCAACUUGGCAGAUUAUUUUCCUCUGCUUAAGAAAAUCGAUCCCCAAGGUGCAAGGAGGGGCUUGACAGUUCACUUUUCAAAGCUAAUAGACAUCUUUGAUCGCUUAAUUAGCCAGAGGUUGCAGUUGAGGAAAGUGUCUGGUUAUGUCACGAAAAGUGAUAUGUUAGAUAACCUUCUCAAUAUCAGUGAUGACAACAGUACGGAGUUGGACAAAACUACGAUAGAAAGCUUGUUCGUGGACCUAUUUGUUGCGGGCACCGAGACAACUGCAACCACAGUAGAAUGGGCAAUGGUAGAACUAUUUCAAAACCCAGAGGCGUUGUCGAAAGCCAAAGAAGAGCUGAAGCAGGUAAUUGAGAAAGGCAACCCAAUAGAGGAAUCGGAUAUUGCACGGUUACCUUACUUACAAGCCAUAGUCAAAGAAACGUUCAGAUUGCACCCAGCAAUUCCAUUUUUACUACCCAGAAAAGCUGAUGCAGACGUAGAAAUCAACGGCUAUGUUAUCCCAGAGGGUGCACAAUUGCUAGUGAAUGCAUGGGCCAUAGGCCGAGACCCGAGCUUAUGGGAAAAUGCAAGUUCAUUUAUGCCAGAGAGGUUCUUGGGAUCUGAUAUUGAUGUUAAAGGUCGGAACUUUGAGCUUAUACCAUUUGGUGGUGGAAGAAGAAUAUGUCCUGGUUAUCCUUUGGCGACGAGAAUGCUACACUUGAUGUUAGGUUCUCUUAUUCACAACUUCGAUUGGAAGCUUGAAGAUGGAGUGAAAAUCGAGGAUGUGAGCAUGGAAAAUAAGAUUUCCUUAACAUCACAGAUUGCUCACCCACUUAGAGCUAUCCCUAUUCCAGUCUAAGGUUUGUAGCAAUGAAUAUAUGUAUGUGGUGACUUGUGUUUUUAUUUUGUUUGCUUUAUUUGUA